AAAAGUACAAUCAAAUGGAUAAGAUUAGCUUUGUAUUAAACCUAGUCUACGUUCAUGCACACACGCAUGCUUCUACAAGGAAUAAAGCAAACAUGCAACUUUGUCUUCCACUAUUAGAUAGUUGCAGCUUGACUUUCCCUAACUACGUUUAAUCCUGUUUAAUGAAAAAAACGUACAUCUUAGCUCUUACUACAUGCUAUGUUUUCAUGUUUCAGUAGGCUACAUCAUAACCAUCAACUUACUGCUACAUGAAUUGAUAUUAAAUUUAUACUAAAGUCUACAUUGAUACUAACAUGAAGAUAUGUAAGCUAUUAAUCGUAAUAAAAUAAAGUAAUGUAUAAAAAAUGAUAAUAACCAUAAUCUUAAGUAGUUUUUCUGUAUUUGAAUAAUUAUUAAAAAAAUGACUACUUUAAAAUCUCACCUUGUCGGUUCUGAAUAGCGCGGGAAGGGAGCCCAACAUCCGAAAAGGCGAAGAAGGUAUGAAACCGCCACGGACGGAGAGCUGAGCUGCUGACGGAAGAGUGAAAGAGCUUCUCCCUCACGAAAGAAACAUAUCCUCCUCUCACUGCUCAUGGGAAUCUCUCUAAAGUGAGCUCCCUCCUCUCCACCACCACCACCACAAAAGCAAAAGCCACGAUGCGCCCCUCCUUUCCUCUUCUCUUCAAUAUUCCCCUCCCAACAAGCACGCCCACACAAAAGCCACCGAUCGAUCCGAUCCCCUCCCCCACCUACACUCCCCGCCCCCCCUCAUUCGGGACGCGAAUCGAACAGGUUGUAGGUGUAUAUGACGGGCCCCCCCACCGCCGCGGCCGCCGGGGGCAACGUGCGGAAGCUGGUGGUGGAGGUGGUGGACGCGCGCGACCUCGUCCCCAAGGACGGGCAGGGCUCCUGCAGCGCCUACGCCGUCGUCGACUUCGACGGGCAGCGCAAGCGCACCCCCACAGCCCCCCGCGACCUCAACCCCCAGUGGCACCACCGCCUCGAGUUCGUCGUGUCGGAGCCCGCCGCCAUGGACGCCGAGGAGCUCGACGUCGAGCUCUACCACGACCGCCGCUUCUCCGCCCCCUCCUCCGCUCCCCGCAAGAACCAGUUCCUCGGCCGCGUCCGCAUCUGCGGCUCCCAGUUCGCCCGCCGCGGCGACGAGGGCAUCAUCUACUUCCCCCUCGAGAAGCGCAACCUCCUCAGCUGGGUCCGUGGCGAGAUCGGCCUCAAGAUCUACUACUACGACGAGCCCGCCCCACCUCCCCCCGAGGAGAAGCAGCCCGACUCCGCCGGAGCCGCGGAGCCCCCCGCGGCGCCGGAUCACUCCGCCGCCGCCGAGGAGCCGAAGGAGCUCCCGGAGGUCCCCGCCCCGACGGAGGCCGCCGUGGAGAUACAGCAGCUCCCCCCUCCCUCGCCCCCUCCCGCCGGGGCGGAGGAGGCCUCUCCGCCGCCGGAGGCUCACCCGGCGCCGGAGGCGGAGGUGGCGGAUCCGUACCCGCCGGAGGUGAGGAAGGCGCAUACGACGUCGAGCACGGAGAGGGUCCGUAGGUCGAGGAGAUCGAACGGCGGGGACUACCACCCGGCCCCCGCCCCCGCCCCCGCCCCCGGCCCCGCUCACGCGCCGCGGGUGAUCUCGGGCCGGUUCGUGUCGUCGGCCGAGCCGGUCGAGCGGGUCCAGACCACCUACGACCUCGUGGAGCCGAUGCAGUACCUCUUCGUCCGCGUCGUCAGGGCGCGGGGCCUCCGCCCGUGCGAGUCGCCCUACGUGAAGGUCCGGACCGGGUCCCAGUCGUUCCGGUCGAAGCCGGCGCGCGACUCCGGCACGGGCGAGCCGGAGUGGAACCAGGUGUUCGCGCUGAGCCACGCGAAGCCGGAGCCGACGCUGGAGAUCUCCGUGUGGGACGGCGCCCCCGCCGCGGCGGACGCGUUCCUCGGCGGGGUCUGCUUCGACCUCUCCGACGUGCCGGUCCGGGACCAGCCCGACGGCCCGCUAGCCCCGCAGUGGUACCGGCUCGAGGGUUCCGAGCCGGGCCCCCGCUCGGUGUCGGGCGACAUCAUGGUGUCGGUGUGGAUCGGGACCCAGGCCGACGACGCGUUCGCGGAGGCGUGGAUCUCGGACGCGCCGUACGUGAGCCACACCCGGUCCAAGGUGUACCAGUCCCCCAAGCUGUGGUACCUCCGCGUGUCGGUGAUCGAGGCCCAGGACCUGCGGCUCCCCGCGGCCGCGGCCCCGGCCCCGGCCCCGGCCCCCUGCACGCCGUUGGACGUGCGCGUGAAGGUGCAGCUGGGCUUCCAGUCGGCGCGCACCCGCAGGUCGACGGUGAGCGGGAGCGGGUCGACGUUCUCGUGGGCGGAGGACCUGAUGUUCGUGGCCGCGGAGCCGCUCGACGAUCAGCUGGUCGUGCUCGUCGAGGACCGGUCGGCGGCCAAGGACCCGGCGCUGCUGGGCCUCGCGGCGGUCCCCGUCCCCUCCGUCGAGCAGCGCCUGGACGAGCGCCACGUGCCGGCCUCCAGGUGGGUCAACCUCGAGGCCGAGGCCGAGGGCGGGUACCGCGGGCGGGUCCACCUGCGGCUCUGCCUGGAGGGCGGGUACCACGUGCUCGACGAGGCGGCGCACGUCUGCAGCGACUACAGGCCCACGGCGAAGCAGCUGUGGAAGCCCCCCGUGGGGGUGCUGGAGCUGGGGAUCCUCGGGGCGCGGGGCCUGCUCCCGAUGAAGACCAAAGGAGGCGGAGGAGGCAAGGGCUCCACCGACGCCUACUGCGUGGCCAAGUACGGAAAGAAGUGGGUCCGGACGCGGACCGUGACGGACAGCCUCGACCCGCGGUGGAACGAGCAGUACACCUGGCAGGUGUACGACCCCUGCACGGUGCUGACGGUGGCGGUGUUCGACAACUGGCGCAUGUUCGCUGAUGCGGCCGGCGAGGAGCGGCCCGACUACCGCAUCGGCAAGGUGCGCAUCCGGGUGUCGACGCUGGAGAGCAACCGCGCGUACACGGCGUCGUUCCCGCUGCUCGUGCUGCUGCGCUCGGGGCUGAAGAAGAUGGGCGAGGUGCAGCUGGCGGUGCGGUUCGCCUGCCCGGCGCUGCUGCCCGACACCUGGGCCAUGUACGCGCAGCCGAUGCUGCCGCGCAUGCACUACCUGCGCCCCAUCGGGGUGGCCCAGCAGGAGGCGCUGCGCGGGGCGGCAAUUCGCACCGUCGCCGGGUGGCUGGCGCGGGCGGAGCCGCCGCUGGGCCCGGAGGUGGUGCGCUACGUGCUGGACGCGGACGCGCACGGGUGGAGCGUGCGGCGGAGCAAGGCGAACUGGUUCCGGAUCAUGGGGGUGGUGGCGUGGGCCGUGGGGCUGGCUCGGUGGGUGGACGACGUGCGGCGGUGGAGGAGCCCCGUGACGACGGUGCUGGUGCACGUGCUGUACCUGGUGCUGGUGUGGUAUCCGGAGCUGGUGGUGCCGACGGGGGCGCUGUACGUGUUCCUGAUAGGGGUGUGGUACUACCGGUUCAGGCCAAAGGGCCCGGCCGGGAUGGACGCAAGGCUGUCGCAGGCCGACACGGUGGAGCAGGACGAACUGGAGGAGGAGUUCGAGCCGGUGCCCACGUCGGUGGAGGUGCUGCGGGUGCGGUACGAGAGGCUGAGGACGCUGGCAGGGAGGGUGCAGAGGGUGAUCGGGGACCUGGCGGCGCAGGGAGAGCGGCUGCAGGCGCUGGUGAGCUGGAGGGACCCCAGGGCCACCAGGAUAUUCAUCGCCGUCUGCCUUGCGGUGGCGCUGGUGCUCUACACGGUGCCGCCGAAGAUGGUGGCGGUAGCGCUCGGCUUCUACUUCCUCCGGCACCCCAUGUUCAGGGACCCCAUGCCGCCCGCCGCCGUCAACUUCUUCCGCCGCCUGCCCAGCCUCUCAGACAGACUUUUGUAAGAGGUUGCUUGUUACUCGUUAGGCUCACCCAUUUCAGUUAUUAGUUCAGGAGAGGGGAUUGGGAGAAUUUGUUCAUACUCCAGGAAAUAUGAUAUAGGAAUUGUUGGAUGGUAAUAAUCUGGGAUGAGAUUUUAACAAAGAGAGGCUCUCUUUUUGUA